AUGGAAGAGCCAGAUCCGGAUGGACCCCCGAAAGAGGCAAGAGACCCCAGCGUUGCCCCUGUAGGAACCAGCAGGGCGUUCCCAAAUGGGAGGGCUCCAAAGCAAAUCAAGCAGGAACCUGAGGAGGGGCAGCAGGAGCGGUGGGAAGCCCAGUGGCAGGAGUUCCUGAAGACAGUGGAGUCCCCUCCCUCCGGAUGGCAGCGCCCACAGAUGCCUCAGCCGCAAUCCUGGGAGGAGACAAAGUCUUUUCAGGAUUCCUUCAGGGGAGCUGCGGAGGCCAGCCAGAGGCCUAGAGGAGGGCUUCAGUCUCAGACCUUUUCAGGCCUCCGCAGAACAGCCCGCAAGGCCCUGGGAAGCCCAGAGACCUCUGUGACAGUGAAAGAAGAGAGGCUGGAUGAGGAGGGUGUCGGCCCUGAGGUGAACUGCUGGCGCUUCAGGCGCUUCUGCUACUGGGAGGCCGAAGGGCCUCGAGACGUUUGCCGGCGGCUCCAGGGACUCUGCUGUCAGUGGCUGGAGCCGGAGAGACGCACCAAGGAGGAGAUCCUGGACUUGUUGGUCCUGGAGCAGUUCCUGAGCAUCUUGCCAGAGGAAAUGCAAAGCUGGGUGCGGGAAGGAGGGCCUGCGAGCUGCCUCCAGGCAGUGGCCCUGGCUGAGGCGUUCUUGCUGAGGCUGGAGGAGGAAGAGAGGCGAGGAGGGCAGGAGCUGGAGCCUUUUGAGGAGGUGAUAGUUCAUUCCCCCAAGGAAGAACAAGAUCCAUCGGAUACUGAGGAGAUGCAGCUGUCUGGGGGGGCAAAGCAGGAGGGCGAGGCAGGCGCCAACUUCUUUGUACGCGAUGGGCAGACGAUUGAGAACGAGGCAGAGAAUCUUCCUCCCGAGGAACCCGCACACGUGGAAGCCAGCAAAAGGCUGACGGAAUGGGUGGAAGGGAAACUGAGGCAGGAUUUUCCUUUUGUCCGAGAUGGCGAGAAGGAAGGGCAGGACCUUCCACCAGAGAGAGCCAGACCAGAUGAAGGCUGCGAAACCUCUUUGGAAAAGCGCAAGGGGACCCUCGUCCAUGUUUGUUUAGGGGAUGGAGCACCGGGAAGUCAAUGGGGGUCAAAGCGAGCCCCAGAGAAUCGCCCAGGGAAGAUGCUGCGGAAUGACUUUGACUGCAGGGAGGAAGAUGACAGAAGCUUAAAUGAGAGCCCUUCCCGAGUGAAGGUCCCCGAGGACACGGCUGAGUGCGGGAAAAGCUUCAGUCCGAGUCCGGACCUCGGUCCGCCUCCAAAGACUCAGUCCUACGAAUGCUCGUACUGUGGGAAAAGGUGGCCGUGCCAGUCUCAGCUGCGCAGGCAUGUGAAAAUCCACACCGGGGAGAGGCCCCACAAAUGCGCAGACUGCGGGAAGAGCUUCAGCACCAGCUCCAACCUCAGCCAACACAAGAGGGUACACACGGGCGAGAGGCCCUACCAGUGCUUAGAAUGUGGGAAAUGUUUUGAAUAUAAAGGGCUUCUUGUUAAGCAUGGAAAAUCGCAUACAGGUGAGAGGCCAUAUAAAUGCCUAGAGUGUGGGAAAGCCUUUCGUUCUGUAAGCCAGCUUGUAAGCCACCAGCGAAUCCAUUCAGGUGAGAAAUUGUAUCCAUGCUCAGAGUGUGACAAAGGUUACAAUUCUAGGGCCAGCCUUACUGUCCAUGAGAGAAGUCAUACAGGAGAAAAACCGUAUGAAUGCUCUGAAUGUGGGAAACACUUCAGUCAGAAAUCACACCUAAGUACCCACAAGAGAAUCCAAACUGGAGAGAGGCCGUACACAUGCCUGCAGUGUGGGAAGAACUUCCGCCAAAAAAACGAUCUUCUUCUGCAUGAGAGAACACAUUCCAGAGAAAAACCCUACCAUUGCCCAGAAUGUGGGGAAAGCUUCAGCCAGAGCUCCCAGCUUUAUGUACAUGAAAGAAUCCAUACUGGAGAGAAACCAUAUAGAUGUUUAGAGUGUGGGAAAAACUUUCGUUGGGAAGAUAGCCUUAAAAUACAUAUGAGUAUCCAUGCUGGAGAUAGACCAUACACAUGUUCAGAUUGUGGCAAAAGCUAUACUAAGUCAUCCCAUCUUACUAGGCACAAGGAAACCCACAUGGGAGAGAAGCCACAUGAGUGCCCAGACUGUGGGAAAAGGUUCACCCAAAACAGCAGUCUGAACAAGCACAAAAGAACUCAUACAGGAGAGAAACCGUACAAAUGCUCAGACUGUGGGAAAUGCUUUAGUUUUAACUGUGCACUUAAAAUACAUAAAAGGAUACAUGAGAGACAGAAACCCUAUAAAUGUUUAAAGUGUGGGAAAACAUUUGGUACCAGUACCAUCCUCUCAGACCAUGUAAGAAUCCAUACAGGGGAGAAACCCUAUACCUGUGCAGAGUGUGGGAGAGACUUUACCAAGAGGAGCCAUCUUGUAAGCCAUCGGCGGAUUCAUACAGGCGAGAGACUCUAUCCCUGCACAGAAUGUGAGAAAAGUUUCAGUUGCAAGUCCAACCUUACAAUCCAUGAGAGAACUCAUACUGGAGAGAAACCAUACAAGUGCCCUGAAUGUGGGAAAAACUUCACUCAGAGGUCUCAUCUUCGAACCCACAAGCGAAUCCACACUGGCGAGAGGCCACACACCUGCUUGGAGUGUGGGAAGAACUUCCGCGAAAAGAAUGAUCUUGUUCUACAUGAGAGAACGCAUUCAGGCGAGAAACCCUACCACUGCCCAGAAUGUGGGAAACGCUUCAGCCAGAGCUCCCAGCUAUAUGUACAUGGAAGAAUCCAUACUGGAGAGAAACCGUACAGAUGCUCAGAGUGUGGCAAGAAAUUUCGCUGGGAAAGCAGCCUUAAGAUACAUAUGAGGAACCAUACUGGAGACAGACCGUAUGCCUGUUUGCUCUGUGGCAAAACCUAUAGUACGUUGUCCCAUCUUGGUAGGCACAGGGAAAGCCAUGCGGAAGAGAAACCGUACAAGUGCCUGGACUGUGGGAAAAGGUUCACACAAAACAGUGACCUUUCUCUACACAAAAGAAUCCAUACAGGUGAGAAACCAUUCAAAUGCACAGAUUGUGGGAACAGCUUUCGUUGGGAAGGCAGCUUUAGAAUACACAGGAGAAUACACACGGGAGAGAAACCGUACAAGUGCUCAGACUGUGAGAAAUGCUUUAGAUCUAACCGUGUGCCAGAACUGCGCAAGGAGAUGUCUGCUGAUUUGCCCACAUCAGACCUGAAUCCUCCAGAGAGCUGGAAGAUGGAGUUCCUGAUGGAGGUCAAGCAGGAGGAUGACAGAGAGGUGCCAGAACUGCGCAAGGAGAUGUCUGCUGAUUUGCCCACAUCAGACCUGAAUCCUCCAGAGAGCUGGAAGAUGGAGUUCCUGAUGGAGGUCAAGCAGGAGGAUGACGGAGAGGCUAGUUUGUUAGGUGAGGAAAAAGUGAGUGAGGAGAACCGUCUGCUGGAAGGACCAGAGCAGAGUGAGAUCAGUGGGGUGUCAGUAGCUGCAGCAGAAGGAAUUGUGUUACGUGGAGCAGAACUUCGUGAAAUACGUGGAAGUCGGCAGAAGCUUGAACGUCAUGCCAAUGUCUGUCCAGUCACCACACAAUCUCUUUUGAGAAACCAAAGUUUAAUUGAAGCAUCUUCCUGUGGGAAAGAAAUGGGAGGCGUUGAAGUUGGGGGGGGAAAUAGUCAGAGCUCCACCUUUCCGAAGUAUAAGCCAGCCCGCAAAAAAAAGAAAAGGUUUUUAUGCGUGGAGUGUGGGAAAGGCUUUGUUUCAAAUUCGGCUCUUUCUGACCAUCAGACCACCCAUACGGGCGAGAAGCCGCACCGGUGUUUAGUCUGUGGGAAAGGCUUUGGAUAUAAGGCGCUUCUCGUGCGACAUGAAAUAUCCCAUGUGGACGAGAAGCCCUAUAAAUGUUUAAAGUGUGGGAAAACCUUUGGUACCAGUACCAUCCUCUCGGACCAUGUAAGAAUCCAUACAGGAGAGAAGCCCUAUUUUUGUGUAGCGUGUGGGAGAGAUUUCAUUAAGAGAAGCCAUCUUCUGAGACACGAGAGGACCCAUACAGGAGAGAAACUCUAUCCGUGCUCAGAGUGUGACAAAAGUUUCAUUUGUAAGACUACCCUUACCAUCCACAAGAGAAGUCAUACUGGAGAAAAACCCUACAAAUGCUCCGAAUGUGGGAAAAGUUUCAGUCAGAGAUCGCAUCUAAGAACUCACAAGAAAAUCCACACUGGAGAGAGGCCACACACCUGCUUGGAGUGUGGGAAGAACUUCCGCCAAAAGAAUGAUCUUGUUCUACAUGAGAGAACGCAUUCAGGCGAGAAACCCUACCACUGCCCAGAAUGUGGGAAAAGCUUCAGCCAGAGCUCCCAGCUAUAUGUACAUGGAAGAAUCCAUACUGGAGAGAAACCGUACAGAUGCUCAGAGUGUGGCAAGAAAUUUCGCUGGGAAAGCAGCCUUAAGAUACAUAUGAGGAACCAUACUGGAGACAGACCGUAUGCCUGUUUGCUCUGUGGCAAAACCUAUAGUACGUUGUCCCAUCUUGGUAGGCACAGGGAAAGCCAUGCGGAAGAGAAACCGUACAAGUGCCUGGACUGUGGGAAAAGGUUCACACAAAACAGUGACCUUUCUCUACACAAAAGAAUCCAUACAGGUGAGAAACCAUUCAAAUGCACAGAUUGUGGGAACAGCUUUCGUUGGGAAGGCAGCUUUAGAAUACACAGGAGAAUACACACGGGAGAGAAACCGUACAAGUGCUCAGACUGUGAAAGAUGCUUUACUUCUAACCGGGCCCUAAAAACACAUAAAAAGAUACACAAAAUAGAGUAG